ACUGAAAUAUUUAUUUAUUUGACAUUUGUAAGCAUGGUACUCAUGCCCUUUUGCCGGACGACAUGCAGAUUCCAGAGACAAAUAUGCAUUGUUUCCUAGCCCACCCUAAUGCACACAAACCGUACAAAGAUUUAACGCCAACACUUCUUUACAAUCUAAUAGUCGAGUUCCCCAACUAUCAGAUACCUAUUACUCAGCUAGUAUGUAUGCGAUCGCGAAAUGUCAUCAUUUUUCAGGGAUAUCGCUUCAAAAGUAAUCAUCAUGAGAGAAUGCUAUAGUCGAGUUUUCCGACUAUCAGAUACCCGUUACGCAGGUGGGGUAAAUGCUAUCACUAUGCCAUAUUCUCGCUCUGCCUAUAGCUUCUGACCUUGCUUCUCGCUCGCACUCUGCCGUCAGCCUAACUAUAGAAAGUGUUCCUGCCUGCGAAACCGUUUUUUUUACAUGAAGAAUGUGUUCCAUGCUUAAAACAAGGUUUAAAAGUAAACGAUAAUUAUAUAAUUAUUAUUAUUAUUUAAAAUAUAGAAUAACGUUAACAUGGUCGGUUUCGGCUUGUUUCAUAUUUGUUCCUACUCUUUGUGCUCUCUUUUGAUAUGAGACAUAUCUGCUUAUAGGUAAACAAUUCGGGUAAAUAAUGAGUAGCGACUGCCGACCUUUCGAUAGUUCUGAUGUUGUCUUAGUAGGGGAAACCAAAAUAGGGCCGAGGUCAACGUUGCCAAUCGCUAAACUAAUUUGGUUUUUGUUUGCACAUUCACGACUAUUAUUCAAUUACCCAAUUUGUUUGUAAAGGUAUACAAGCUCGAAUUAGCAUUACAAAUUUAUUGGUACGAUUGGCCACCAUAAAGCACGUUUUUUCAUUUGCCUGACUAGAUUAGUCUACCAAAGUUGAACGUGCAAGGCGAAAAUGCUUAUAGAUCUGAGUUGGUCACUUGUCCUAAGUGCUAUUAUUGGGACAUAUUUAAACGAGAGUACUAUCUGUAUAUUUUGGAAUGAUAAAUUCGAGUUCCAUCUUCUUCAUAAAUCGGAUUAUAUAAGCUUUGUGGGAAUAAAUAUUAAAAGCUUUGAUGAUAACAGAGGUCAUUAUAUUGUUGAUAAGAGAUUGAAGGAAAAAGAUAUUCAAAACAAAAAUUUGUUUCUGGAUGACCUUGUGAUAAAAAUAAUUAUAUCUAUUGAAGUCACCCACUGUGAGACGUUUGUAGUUUUCGACAAAGAUAUCGAUCGGUUUGUAAAUGCGUUUACUAAGGCGUCAGUAUAUUCAAUAUGGAGGUCUUUACACAAUAAAUUUGUUUUUGCUCAUAUAGCUUACGAGUUGCCGGAGUCCCAUCACCACUUCUUCGAAGAUCAACCAAACAUUCUAUUUGUUGUUAGAGAUCAUUCCUCCGCCAGUAGUUUUGAUAUAAAAACAAACAAAUUUGUUGGACGCAAAGAAGAAAAACCUUCUCAGAUGAUACUGGUCGACAGAUAUUUGGCUUCGGAACAGCGAUUUCAAUUUGGAAUAUCGCUGUUCGCGGACAAACUUAAUAACAUGCAGGGUCGAGAAGUCAUCAUUGCUGGAUUCGAUUAUCCACCUUAUACAGUGAUAAAACAUAACAUGAGUACUAAUGCACAAGACAUGGGCGUGAGCGGGGACUCCGAUUUCAAAAAUGUUUACAUUGAUGGAACUGAAACUCGUAUUAUUUUAAAUUUCUGUGAAAAAUUCAAUUGUACAAUCCAAAUUGAUUCAUCUGCCGCAAGUGAUUGGGGCAAAGUUUAUCCAAAUAUGUCAGGAGAUGGUGCUCUUGGUAUGCUUAUUAAUCGAAAAGCAGAUAUAUGCAUUGGAGCUAUGUACUCGUGGUACGAAGAUUACACAUACUUAGACCUUUCCAUGUAUCUUGUACGUUCUGGAAUAACGUGUCUUGUACCAGCGCCAUUGCGACUGACUAGUUGGUACCUUCCCUUAGAGCCUUUCAAAGAAACUUUAUGGGCUGCAAUUCUAUUAUGUCUAUGUGCGGAAGCUACAGGAUUGGUUUUAGCAUUUAAAAGUGAGCAGGCGCUGUAUGUACUGCCUAGCUACCGUGAGGGCUGGUGGACUUGUAUAAGCUUUGGUGUAUGUACCACCUUUAAACUUUUCAUAUCGCAAUCAGGAAACAGCAAGGCAUAUUCACUGACAGUUCGUGUACUACUAUUUGCCUGCUUCCUUAAUGAUUUAAUAAUAACCAGCAUAUAUGGUGGCGGCCUUGCAAGUAUAUUGACAAUUCCUAGUCUGGACGAGGCAGCCGACACAGUCCCCCGCUUGCGAUUUCACCGAUUACAGUGGGCGGCCAACUCUGAGGCAUGGGUCUCGGCCAUACGCGCUUCUGAUGAGGCAUUGGUGAAAGAUAUAUUGUACAAUUUCCACAUAUAUAGCGACGAUGAGUUGCUACGCUUAGCACAGGACCAGCAUGUGCGCAUUGGAUUUACUGUGGAGCGUCUGCCAUUCGGUCACUUUGCUAUCGGAAACUAUUUGGGGUCUCAAGCGAUUGACCAGUUAGUUAUAAUGAAGGACGAUAUUUAUUUUCAAUAUACGGUGGCUUUUGUUCCCAGACUUUGGCCCCUCCUCGAUAAAUUAAAUACUCUAAUAUAUAGCUGGCAUUCGUCUGGUUUCGAUAAAUAUUGGGAAUAUCGAGUUGUUGCCGAUAACUUAAAUCUGAAGAUACAACAACAAGUUCAAGAAACAAUGACAGGAAGUAAAGAUAUUGGUCCGGUCCCGCUCGGAAUGUCAAACUUUGCAGGAUUUAUAAUUGUCUGGAUAUUAGGAUCAGCUAUAGCUACAUUAACUUUUUUGUUAGAGCUAGCACUAACUUAUAUUUUAAAGGAGAUGAUUUAAAUUUUUGAGCUAAUAGUUUUUAAUUCUAAUUCACCCAUAUUUCUAAAACAAUUCGAUCACUCCUAGUAUUAUUUGUAUAUUAUUUAUAUUAAAUGGAGUCCGCACAUAUGUGGUCUGACACAUUUGUUUAGUGCGCGGUUUAAAAAAUGAAAUAGGUAACCUGGUAAUAAGUAUGCGCCAGCACGACAAGUAACUUCAGAGAACUUAAUAAAUUAGAGGAUUUUAUGAUAUGGUUACCUGCGUCUUUACCCUCCCUACGUAGACAAUGGAAUGGAAAAGUAUUAUUAUCCCCUAUACAAUUCCCAAAAGAUUCUUAACACGUAGAACGAAUACAACAUAAGUGCUCUAUUUCAACAGCUUCUCAUUCAGUUCAGUUUUAAAUAUUUAAAUCCAACAAAAUAUUCACUAUUAAUAAAUAUCAUAUUAAAUGUA